UGCAAGAAUGCCAUCCGAUUCGUCAACAAAGUGUGGGACCUUCGAAAAGAUGGCUUCCGUUUCACCAUUUUUCUUCUGAUCCAUUAUUUCUACGAUCUAUUUGAUUUGCUAAAUUAACCUCUCUCUCUCUCAAUCUCUCUCGUAAGUGCUUAUUUUCUUCAGAAUCAUACAUUGCGAAUACUGCAUUGUGGAAGAGCUGCAGGUGCCGAAAGAUAUUACGGAACAAAUUUAAUUUCGUUCGUCAUAAUUAAAAGCGUAGAUUGGGAUUAGAAGAUGUCGGAAGGUGAAUCGGCAGAGGCGGACCAAUUCGAGAAUGAUCCGUCUGUUCGGCAAUUUGUUGCGAAUGGGAUUUGCAUGAAAACAAAUGAAUUCGAAGAAAAGCUCGAUGCGGGAAACAUUCAAGAGGCUGAAUCUGCAUUGCGAGACGGUUUAUCGCUCAAUUUCGAGGAAGCAAGAGCUCUUCUUGGGAAAUUGGAAUAUCAGCGAGGAAAUCUCGAAAGUGCUUUACGUGUCUUUGACGGCAUCGAUCUUCAAGCGGCCGUACAACGCAUGCAACAUUCAUUAGGCGAUAAACAGCCUUCCAAAAAGGGUCGCUCUCGAAGCGAAUCGUUAUCCGCUGUCUCACAACAUGCUACUAACCUCGUACUCGAGGCCAUAUACUUGAAAGCCAAGUCUCUUCAGAAGCUGGGAAAGUUACCUGAGGCUGCUCAAGAGUGCAGAAGUGUACUUGAUGCAGUAGAAAAGAUAUUUACCGAUGGUAUACCUGACGUGUUGGUAGAAAAUAAGCUUCAAGAAACCGUUAGUCAUGCCGUUGAGCUUCUCCCAGAGUUAUGGAAGCAAGCUGGCAACUACACGGAAGCCAUGUCAGCAUAUCGACGGGCCCUACUAAGUCAAUGGAACCUCGACAAUGAAUGUUGCGCGAGGGUUCAAAAAGCGUUUGCGGUUUUUUUACUGUACAGUGGAGUGGAGGUGGGCCCGCCCAGUUUAGCUGUACAAAUAGACGGUUCUUACGUACCUAAAAACAAUCUCGAGGAAGCCAUUUUGCUCUUGAUGAUUCUCAUGCGAAAGUUCUACCUCGGAAAAACAAAGUGGGACCCGUCUGUGCUCGAGCACCUCACUUUCUCUCUCUCUCUCUGCAGCCAAACUUCGGUUUUGGUGAAGCAGAUUGAAGAGGCGAUUCCAGGAGAGAUACAACGUAUCGAACGAUGGAAAGCAAUGGCACUUUCCUUAAGCGGGGCCGGACAAAAUAGUUCCGCUCUGGAUUUGCUUAGAAUGUCUCUACACAAACACGAGGAGCCGAACGAUGUCAUGUCGUUGCUUUUGGCUGCCAAAAUAUGUAGCGAGAAUGUGUUGCUUGCUUCCGAGGGAGUGAAGUACGCGCAAAACGCAAUCGCGAAUUCAAACGGACCGAAUUCAUCACAUUUGAAAGGUGUGGGCUUACGUAUGUUGGGCCUUUGCUUAGGGAAGCAAGCGAAACUCUCUUCUUCAGAUUUUGAAAGGUCUCGUCUUCAAUCGGAGGCACUGAAAUCGUUAGACAGUGCAUUAUCGUUAGAGCCCGAAAAUUCGGAUUUGAUAUUCGAAUUAGGUGUUCAUUAUGCCGAGCAUCGGAAUAUGGAUGCGGCUUUGAGAUACGCUAAGCAGUAUUUAGAUGCAACCGGUGGAUCUAUGAUUCGGGGUUGGAGAUUGCUUGCUUUGGUUUUGUCUUCUCAGCAGAGGUUUUUGGAGGCCGAAGUUGUUACUGAUGCCGCUUUAGACGAGACUUCGAAGUGGGACCAAGGCUCGCUUCUUCGAAUGAAAGCUAAGCUGAAAAUAUCGCAGUCGCUUCAUAAAGAUGCUAUCGAGACUUAUCGGUAUCUUCUUGCAUUGGUACAAGCACAAAGGAAAUCUUAUGGACCUCUCGGAGUUGCGCCUCAGGUGGAGGAUGAUAACAUAGACGAAUACGAAGUAUGGCAUGGACUAGCGAAAUUAUACUCUAUUCUUUCACAUUGGAAGGAUGCGGAGGUGUGUUUGGAGAAAGCUCGGACGUUGAAAGAGUAUUCAGCUGAAUCACUGCACACCGAAGGUGUUAUGCAUGAAAAACAAGGGCGCGUAAGUGAGGCUUUAGCUGCGUAUAUAAAUGCGCUUCUGUUGGAACCAAAGUAUGUACCUUGCAAGAUAUUAAUCGGGAAUGUGAUGUGUAAGAUGGGGCCGAAGAUGUUGCCUGUGGCACGAACUCUACUUUCCGAUGCAUUGAGAAUCGAGCCGACCAAUUAUAUGGCUUGGUACCAUUUAGGCAUUGUUCAUAAAGACGAUGGAAGAAUCGCUGAUGCUGUCGACUGUUUCCAAGCAGCUUCCGUGCUCGAAGAAUCCGAACCAAUCGAAAGUUUCAGUACUAUUCGAUGAUCUUUUUUUUUUGUCUAACUUAAUUAUCCAAGUCUUCAUUCUUUGAUUUUUUGUUGAAUUCACUUUCUUUUUCUGUUUCAAUAGUCACAUUUCCUCCUUUUUUUUUAUGGUUUUCGGUUUGAAGCCAAGAACUUGUGUACAUUUGUCGAACGAGGGUCGUUUAAUGAAAAGACCUGUAAAAAAAGCUUUGUUAAUAGUAAGAGACAUUAUUGU